CUCAAACAACGCAAACCGGUGUUUCCAAUCCAAAUCUCUUUGGAUGGAAGGAAACAAAGCGAGGAGAGAAUAUCGGGAUCAUCCGGAACCACCAACCCACGCGAGCAACAGCAACAGCAACGACACGAGCUGGCCGCAAGCGAACCGAAGGAAAUCGUUCCAGAACGGACCACAGACACCCCUGAAAAUACGCCACACCACACCACACAACACCACACACCGCGCAACACAACACACAACACAACACAACACCCCACACCCUCCGCCCAGAAUGAGCCCCGGGGGGCCAAAACAGCCCGUUGUGCGGCCAACCACGCCGGAGGAUCCCCCGCGGAUCAAGCUCGCGGUGAGCGAGGCGGACAUGGUCCGGCUCGAGAGCGCCCUGGAGCUUCACCGCUUCCAGCAAAAGCAGGAGGGCGCCGAGGACAGCGACAAUAUCUCCUUUUUCGAGUUUCGGGGGAUCGCCUCCAGGAUCGAAGCGGCGGGGGUUCGCGUUGUGGACGGCGAUGGCGAGGGUCCCGAAAGGAACAAAACGGCCGCCGCCCCGAGCACCCCUGAACCCAGCGGCCGGCUCUCGGGGAUCACCCGGGAGGAGCACCUGUGGCACGACCUCUACUGCCUGGGCGUUCCGGUGCUGUACGAGGCGGCUUGCGGCAAAACAAGGGGACCGGCCGGGGAAUCCCCCCCUUCCACCGGCCGGGAGCGGCGGAGGAGGGCGGUGGCCUUGCUCUCCCUCGAAGCGGUGACCGAGGGGCCCGGCGCCGCCCACCGGAUCCGGGAGCUCCGGAGGCUGGCAAGGGAGGCAGCGACCCUCGGGGUGCCGGAACCCCUGUCCGACCGGGCCCUGGAGCUCCUCCGGGAGGCGGCAGCGAAACUGGAGCUCCUGCGGGAAGCGGCGAAACAGGAGAAACCACGCAAGGCAAAGGCCAACGCGGACGCAAGCGGCUCGAAGAGGCCCUCCGUGGACUGGCUGCUCGGAAGGGGGGCCGGCGCCCUUCUUCCUUCGGCCCCCUCAAAAGCGCCGACCACCAUCGACGAGCGGGUCCGGGCCCGGGCGGAGGAGCGGGGCCGGGACCUGGAGGCCGCGAGGGCCGCCUCCAGGGACCCCCGGGAGGAGCGCGUGGCGAUGGCCGACGCCCUCUACUCCCACGCCCGCCACCUCCUGCGCCGGAGGCGGACCCUCGGGACGGAAACGGGGGCCAGGAGCUUCCGGUCGAACCGGCUGCCGAAGGGGGCCGGCCGUGGGGUCGCCACCGGAGGCGGAGGCGAAACACCCGCCGAUCCUACCCGGUGCUUCCUGGCCUUUGGGGACCUCUCCAAGGACGGCCUGGCGGGCUACCGGUCGAAGGGGGAGGUCGAAGCCCUCCUUACGGGCAUUCGCGCCGUCCUGGCCGCGUCGGCGCCGCUUGCGCCGCACGUUCUCGUGGGGUGGAGGGACCCCCGGACGGGGGUGGCCAACAAGGCCCCGAUCGGGCCAAAGGCCCUGGUGUGGAUCGAGACGGCGGCCUUCAAGCAAGUCCGGCGGGUCCUGGGCCGGGCGAAACUGCCGGAACCGGAAGGGGCGCCUUGGAAGACCGACGGGCCGGAACCAGGCGCGACACCAAACGCCCGGAAACGGGCCCCCGUUCUCGACGCGGAGGACAAGAGCAAGAAGCCGCGGCCCGGCUAGCACUCGCGGUGCUCGGACACGGAGCGAGGGACGGAUGCGAUGCAAUGCAAUGCAAUGCGGUGCGGUGCGCCAGACCGCGGCUUGGGAUCGGGAAUGUUUUGCACCAUGGGGUCGCUUCGAUCGGAUCGAGUGGUCCAGAUCUCUCCCAGCCAAGCCAACGGGGUGGUUUUGUAUUUUACGCAAUGCUAUGCCCAGGCACGCAGAACUGUU